AUGAAGCUACUUCUUCUCCUCGCCGCAACCGUAUGCAUAUCCGCAAUACACGUCCCAGAAUACUUCCUCAUCCGCCACGCAGAAAAGAACCCCGACGGCACAAUCUCUGCGCUCGGCCGACUCCGGGAACAAUGCCUCGUAAAAGUAUUCGGCAAAAGCAGCGCCUUCAACAUCAAGCACAUCAUGGUGCAGACACCCUACCCAGGAAGUUCGUUCUUUCUCUCCUCCACCGAAAUCCACACUAACAAGCUAGCUUCUGCUGAGGAACGCACCACGCAAAGGCCCUACAAUACGAGCCUGCCUCUCGCGCGAUCGCUAGGCAUCAAGAUCGACCACCCGUGCGACUAUCAAGAUACAAAGUGUGCUGGGAGAGCGGCGCUGAAGUAUUCCGGGCCGGGAAACGUGCUUAUCGUCUGGGAACAUGACCAUCUCCCUGAUGUAGCGAGGGCGAUUGGUGCGCGACAUGUGCCUCGGUAUCCAGAUAACCGGUUUGAUCUGAUUUAUAAUCUGCCGUGGCCGUACAAGGAGGUAACAGUCACUUCGGAAUACUGCGCUCGGUUCGAUCCAGCUAGUUUGGUUACCGGUGUUAGCAGCAGCAGUCCAAGUGCGAGUUCCAGUGCCACUGGGACUGAGACAAGUUCUGCUGCUCCUACGGUGGCAACAAGUUCAGGUACUAAGGCGCAGUGUACUGCCAUCACAUCGAAUAGCUUUGUUGCAAUUGUAGUGAGUGUCGCUGCUCUACUUGCGAUCUAG